AGUGACGCACUUUUGUAAAUUUGUAACCGCUCUGUGGGUGGGAGCAAAGAUAUAAUAAAAGGACUAACCACACCUGAGAGUGAUUGACUACACAGUCAACACAUCGCUCUCUACAAACAAUCAUGCUGGUACCGGUUGUUCUGGCACUCUGUUUAGCAGCUUUGGCAAGAGGAGCUGUUAUCCCUGGUGGAUCUAAAGAGCCACAUUGCUCUGAGUACUUCCUGCCCAUUUGUACUCGGGAAUAUAACCCUGUGUGUGGUAGUGAUGGCGUUACAUACUCCAAUGAAUGCAUGCUGUGUUUGGUAAAUAUGGAGGAGAAAGUCAAAACAUCCAUCUCAAAGAAGGGCAAAUGCUGAGACAAAUCCACUCAUUUGUCUUCUGUAGAUGUGACAUGAAGGCUGGAACCACAUGAUGUUUUUUACUGUUUUUUUUGUCUUGAGAAAUAUGGGUUGUGUGGUCUUUUUAAAACAUUCUAAUCCUUUAGUAAAACCUUGAUAUAGAACUCACUGCUUUGUACUGUACUUUCUUUAAUAUAAAUGGGCGUUAUUCAUCACAA